GCUGAACCUCAACCUGCCUUCACUGGCCGGCGGUCUGUCUCCACGACGCUUCACCAAAACCAGUCUAACCCCGGAGCUCAGCGCCGUGGAGACAUAAAUCGAGCAGUGAACAUAUUUCGUCACAACACCUACUGGUCCAUGUGUUUUGCGCAUGCGUGGCAUUGAUUGUAACGGAAGCGGUGCGGCGUCUCUCUCAGCCAGCCUGUCUGACCGACUCUGAAUGAGAACGCACUGAUUUCGACUUCAAAAUGAUGAAAUUUGUCCCUAAACUGCUGCUGGUGCUGCUGUUGGCCUUCCCGGCGACUCUCCUCCUCAAAGGACCGGAGGUGAGCGCCCAGGAUCUGACUGAGGAUGAGGAGGCUGAGGCUGUGGACGAAGAUGUCGUGGACGAUGUGACUGCAGAGGAUGAAGAUGACGAGGCGGAAGUGGAAGAUGAUGAGAAUGCGGAGCUGGUGAGUGACACGGAAGAAAAAGAAGAUGAAGAAGAAGAAGCGUUGGUUGGCGAAGUGAAAGCUUCCCCCAACGCCGACACCACCAUCCUGUUUGUCAAAGGAGAAGACUUCCCCGCCAACAACAUCGUCAAGUUCCUGCUCGGCUUCACCAACAAGGGCUCAGAGAACUUCGUGGUGGAGUCUCUGGACGCCUCCUUCCGUUACCCACAGGAUUACCAGUUCUACAUCCAGAACUUCACGGCUCUCCAGCUCGGCACCGUGGUUCCCUCCGGCAGACAGGCCACCUUCGAGUACUCCUUCAUCCCCGCAGAGCCGAUGGGAGGGCGGCCGUUCGGACUCGUCAUCAACCUCAACUACAAGGACAGCAACGGAAUCGUCUUCCAGGACGCCGUGUUCAACCAGACGGUCACCAUCACUGAGCGAGAGGACGGCCUGGACGGAGAGACGAUCUUCAUGUACGUCUUCCUGUCAGGCCUCGGGCUGCUGGUCGUCGUCGGCCUGCACCAGCUGCUGGAGUCCAGAAAGAGGAGGCGUCCAGCUCCGAAGGUGGAAAUGGGAACUUCGAGCCACAACGACGUCGACCUGAGCUGGAUCCCUCAGGAAACACUCAACCAGAUCAUGCAGAGUCGCAGAGACAAAGCUUCUCCCAAAAGAUCUCCUCGCAAAAGAAGCCAGAAACGCUCGGCCGGCUCAGACGAGUGACGGGCGCCUGAAACCACGGAGACAGAACUUCACCCACCAGGAGGAGGAAGAGGAGGAGGAGGAGAAGGAGAAGGAGGAAGAGGAGGAGGAGAAGGAGGAAGAGGAGGAGGAGAAGGAGGAAGAGGAGGGGGGUUGUGAGCGCAUUCUGCUCUCUCUACUGAUGAACUUUAACCAGUGCCAAGCACAGCGAUGGCUGGCUCUCUACUUUCAGCUUAUAAACUGUUGAACACACACACACACACACACACACACACACACACAGCAGUGAAACAGGUGUGUUGGGUUUAAAAGGCACGUGAUGAUAUUUUUCUAGCAGUUGUUGUUUUUUCUCUCAGAUUGAGUUUGUGUGUUAAAGAAAACUGAUCUGAUCAUUGUGAGUCAGUUUCUCUUGUGUUCUUGUUUGUUUCCUCCCAUCUGGUGUCGCGCUGCAGCAGCUGGUCGCUCGGUUAAUCAGUUAGUGGACAGACAAACAUCAAGUGAGUAGUUGAUGAAGGAGAUCACUGUUCCAGCCUCUCAGAUGAUGAUUCCUCAUUGUGUCGGUCUUAAAUGACAGUGAGCUGAACUAGUUUUGGCGUCUGAACGAUCAUCGAUCUGAAGAGUCAUUUUGGGCUCCUGGAAACGUUCAGCUGCAGCCUUUCUGCUGUGUAAUGGAGCCUCGAUAACAAAGGCUGCUUGUUGUUCUGGAUUUUUCUUCAGUGUAGUUUUGAGGUUGUAGUUGUCGAGCUCUGACGCUGCCGUCCGACUUUGCAUUCACUCAUUUGGCUGCACAGAUUCUGAACGUAGUCUGAUCCCGCUGUCACAGAUUCACACCACUGACUUCACACUCCUCAGAAAGUCUGCAGCUCAUGAUUGUUAUCUUCAUGUUGAUCGUCUGACAAGUAUCGAGAUGUUCCUCUUUAUAAAAUGUGUGAAGAUGUCGACGAGUGUUUGGUCCACAACCCAAAGAUCUUCAGCUGCUGGUCACAGAGGAGGAGAACAGGAAGUACUCACCUGUCAGAGCUGAGAGCUGAUGGAUUUGUCAGAAACAGGAAGUUCAUCAUGGAGGGAGCAAAAACGCUGCCGAGAGUUUUGUGCUGCGCUUGUUUCAAACACAAUGUGCACGAUUACUUUAGAAUUUGGUGGGAAACAGCUUAAAGGAACAGUUCACCUAAAAAUGAACAUCCAAUCAUCCUCUCCUCCUCCUGGCCAAUUAAAUCUCUUUGGGUUCAGGACGGACAAACAAUCACUUUUAAAGGCGUUAAUUUAGGACUGAAGGUCCUGUGAACACACUUCCAGACGUCAUCAUCAGAUCUGUGGACAGGAAAGUGAGCAGUCAGCUGAGCGAUGUCGGACCGAACCUGCCCUUUAACCCCGGUGCUGACAGGUUCUGGGGACUGAGGGCCGUCACCAUGUGGACUCUCCCUCCAGUGUCGUCCAACAGGCCGGCUCAUCAUGAAACAGCUCAACGGUUCCAUUUCUCUCCUGAGAGCAGCAACACGUGAAAGCGAGCGAUCUCCAAACCCUCAACGUGUGCCUGUUUUCUACUUUUCUGUUUGGACAUUUGUUUACGUCCAGCUUCUCUCCUCACGCAGCUUUUUAACAGAAUCACAAAUGAUUUACCAAAAGGUGAAUUUGGGUCGAUGUUUUCUAUUGUUUGUCUGUAGAUUGUAAAAUAUGUUGAAGUGGCUGAAGCACUGGUGUAAAUACUGGCUGAAGGAUGAUGACCUGAGAGCUAAAUUACUGAGCUAAUUUAUUUGAGUGACAGAUUAACAGGGUUUAUGCACUGUUUGUUUUAUUUGACCACUAGAGGGUGACUCACUCUGCAGGUCUGAAGAGCUCCAGAACUGCAGAUUUGGGUCGUUUCAGUGGUUCUGUGAGAAGCUGAGCUCAGAGUUUGGAUGUGAGCUGCUGCUGCUGCAUGUUGGUGUUGUUGAGUCCAACAGACAGCCGGACAGGAAACACUUGAUCCAGACGUGAACACACAGCAGCCGGUUGGUGCCACAGAACUGAGCUCAUGUUUAGCUUUUUGUUUGUUUCUAAACUGAUGGGGCUGUCAUUCAUCAUAGAAGCUUCUACUUUGAUUUGCUUUGAAAUGUGCAGGAAAUAAACUUUGAUGAUUUGCUGUA